CGCGACUCAGUUUCGAUUGUGGGCGACGAGAGGUGCGUUUGGGUUUGGGUCGAAAUUGAUUGGGUUUGAAGGUUUUGCUGGUGCGUAUGAUGGUGGCCAGUAUCGGUUGUGUCCGACCCCACGGCUCGAGCUCGUCGAUUGAUUGGAAAUUGAGCAUCGCUGUUCAUGUUCGAUGCAGGAAUUAUUGUUUGUUUCGGAUUUUCUCAGAGUGAUGCAUCGGUGAUGCCUGAUUGUAGCUUGGUCCGUCGUUCCGUGCCAAGGUUUCUUUUGUUCUGUUUUGUUUUCGGGUCUGCGGAAGACGGCGAAGCCGCGGCGGCAAGAUGUAUAAUGGAUUAGGGCUCCAGACGCCUCGAGGAUCGGGUACCAAUGGGUACAUUCAGACGAACAAGUUUUUCGUGAAAUCGAGGCCUCUGAAGUCGGAGGCGCGGGACUUUCAAAAUGGCCAGGGUCAGGGAGGGUUGUCGCGGAAGGCGAAUAAGGAGAUUUUGGAGGACGAUCGGAAGAGGCAGAUCGAGCUCAAGCUCACGCAGCUCGAGGAUGAAUUGCUGGAGCAGGGAUCUUCUCUCGAGGAUGUUGCCGAGAGUGUCGAAUCUUCCAGAAAAGUUCUCGAGGCUUUCAGCUCCGAGAAUGGUAACACUACUACCUCGACAAGGUACAAUGUUUCCGACAAACGUAUGAAAGCCUUUGUGCAAAGCGGAAUCAUUUGACUAGCCUUCCUGGACAUUUACACCCGCAACAGUUCACACCCCGAUCGGCGAAAACGGCAAGUGUCCAGGGUUUAGGGCUUUACAAGCUGAUGAUUUUCCACUCGAGAACCAUCGACGCAAGGACUGCACCUGCGAAUUAAAUUCAUUCUGCUGCAGCUGUAGCACCCCGACUUCUUGUUAUGGAAGGCUGAAGUUACGGUGAGAGCUUUGAGCGAGAGAUUACGAUGGGGGAGGGUAAACGCAAGAGAGGGGACAGCACCGGGCCGUCGAUAACGCCACUAGGAGGGAAGGCUUCAGCCGCUGAUACAGCCAUCAAAUUGCCAGCAGUUGUGCUAGAACAGUCGGCAGCAUCAGCAGCUUCAGCGCCCCAGGCUGCACUGAGUGUCUUGAAGCAGCGUCCUUCGCACACCGUGCAUGCAUCUCAAGGACUUCGGCAGUAUACUGCCACCGGCCAAGCAUUCCAGUUCUCUGGAAAUCAUGCAGGCCAUCUGAAAGUUCAGUACUUGGCCCAAAUUGCAAAUUGGGCUUGUACUGCGGUUCCGAGUCUGGGUGCCUGUUAUUGGCAGCGAUUGGCUGCUGCAACUGAGGCCUUGUCCAUUCCUCCUCCCACUCCCCACUCCUUGUGCCAGCGAUGUGAAUCUAUUCUCCACGGUGGUGAUAAUUGCUCCGUCCGAGUUACCAAAGCGCCGAAAAAAUGGAGAAAGUCGAAGGAAAAUGUAGCAAGAAUAUCUGCAAUUGCUAGUCCUAUGGUUGCUGCCCAAACACCUCUAGCUUCUUCAAGUGCAAGUGUUAACGCAACAGCCCAAGCCACUGGUGGUGGGACAAAGAGGAAACGAAAAGGAUGGUCUACUUUGAAGGAUAUGACCACUGCAAAGGCGGAACCGGCAACUCCUGCAUCCCUUGGAUUCAUGAGUCCGAACGAAAAGGACUAAUACUAGAGGUAAAUAGCAGCAACUUACUUGAUUUAUCGUAUGCAGGCAUCGGGGCACCUCAAUUACACCUCCACAUGCACGGUCAACUUGUAGACGGUAAAAUGGGUGUACUGGAUGACACUGGUUCUGGAUGACUAACAGUGAAGCAGUGAACAGACAACUCAUUUACAACGUACAUUGUUCAGAUCAUAGCAGAAUUACUACAGGAUGCUGGUACACCGCUAAUGGGUUCUUGAUCUCCUACGAAUUACGUUUUUCGUUUAAGUCUCACUGAAUUUAAGAACAAUUCAUGCCAUGGGCGAAUCAUUGUGGAUAGAAAUCGGACUUUCAGUAAGGAAAACCGGACAUUUAUGGAAAUAGUCCUCAAUCGGCCAAAGACGCCGAGUGUAGUAACCCUAUUUUGAUCACGGAGAGGUAAGGGUGGGGUUAUCUUCUUAUAUUAAAUCUUAGCCAUUCAGGAGCAUAAACUCGGGGCAGUGCACUGAUUUAGGUAGGACAGAAAUUAUGGAGAUCGUCAUGUUAUGGUCUAGAGGCGUCCUCUGGCUAUGGCCACGACGAGCAUGAUAUUGGAGCAGGUUGCAGAGGGGUUUUGACAUUAUUUCAUCCACUACUGGCGAGAAAUGCGACACAAUCCGGCUCUCUCUUUGAUAGCAGAGUUGAGUGGGUUGUACUUACAAGCAUGCCGGGUCAAGAAAUUCGGUUGGCAAAUAUAGACGCAACAAUGGGAAUAUUGUCUUCUGUGGGAAUCCUUGGCAAGAGACCUCAUUCAACUGUGACGUUGGAUGUUGCUAAGUGAUUUCAACAUGGUGGAGAGUUGGAUCGAUAAAUCGAGAUUUUCAACCCAGAACGAGCUGUGUUCAAUGUUCUGGAGAGCUAUCUUCAUACGAAGAUAGCCCCCAGAGGCAAGUAGCUUGAAGUACUCGAGGGAUGAUAACUUUUUGCAGCAUAAUUGUCCCACUUGUGCGCCUAGACAAUCUAUAAUUGUUUAGAGUUCAAUCUAUUGAUCGGGCGCUUUCCCUCAUUCACUACAUCAUCAAGAAUAACUUGUGGAAGUUCCACCACCACCAAGUAAUUGCGUCGCUAAAGCUAGCUGAGCAAUCUACAAAUUGGAGGAAGUUUUUUCGAAAGAUCUGGUUAGAAGUU